AUGAAAUUAUCCAAAAAAGAAGCCAAGGAUCUGCUAAACAGAGUCUGGCUGCCAGGUGAACUAUUUCUAUAGAAUAAUGUGGGAAAUUUUCUUAUAUCUCAGUUGUAUUAAACGACGGUAUAUACGUUUGUUUCUAAAUUUUUAUUUUGUCUUUUGAAUGAAUAAAUGUUUCGUUUUUUUAGUUUCUUCUAACCAAGCAACAGUCUUAGCGGCAGACACAAAGGAUGCAAGACAGGUAUAUUUUUAUUCAGUACAUAAUUUAACAAAUUAUAUGCCAACUGAACUAUAUAUUUUAUAGGUGUAUUGUAUCAUUAAUAUUAAAUUAAAUAUUUAGGACAUUUGAGAAUAAUUGACAAAAUUAGAACACAAGUAAUUUGUAUUGAUUCCAUUAUUUCCUUCGGGUCUUGCACUACUAAUAUCUAGGCCAGAAUAAUGUGUCAUGUACGUGUGUUUUGGUGUCAAAUUUUGAGAUGUCAGAUCUGGAAAGCUCCUAAGUCUGGGGCAAGGGUAACAAUAUGACCCAGCUAUUUACACCUGGGAAAAGGAAAGCAUUAAACGUGAAGUCUAAUGUUCAUCAAUAAUUGUGUCAGACACAUCUCAAAAAUGUGACUGUUUGCCAGGAGUGGUAUAAACAAGAUUUCAAUCUUCAAAAACAAAUAUUUGGCUUCGUAGCUCAGUUCCAGUUUGCAGAACGUGUCACUAGCGUACCCGAGGGCAAUUUCUUGUUGCAAUUUUAGCGCACCUAGCCUAAAUGUUCCUCGUGCCUUAGCUCCCAGGGUGCACUUGACAUGUAUAAUGAUGUAGGGUGUCUAUACAAGUAAGCUAUUACAGACCACAUGACUUGAAAUGGGUUAAUUUACAUACAAGCUUAGGAGGUCUAUUAGCAACCGCAGAGGUAAAUUGAAAGUAUUUCCAGGGCAUCAAUUUACAGUAAUAUCAUGCUGGACGAAACACAUAUUUUUUGAAACAUAACUAUAAUUAUGAUAAUCAAUGCGUUAGGCAUAUACAACUAUCUGGACUGUUCACUGUUGUAGUUAUAUAAUACACAGGGUGUCUCAAGUAGAACCGAACUCAAAAUUAGACAAGCGAUUUCGCGUAAAUUAAGUCAUAACUGCGUUCAAUUUUUUCAUAUUAAGAAACUUACAUUUGUGUUCCUGUUCCAUAACUUACAUUUGUGUCCUGUUCCUACCUCUUUAUCGCAAACUGCACAUGUUACUUCUAUAGCUUCCGCCAUUUUCUUUCAGGAAAAAAUUGGCGCGAAAAUAUCAAAUCAGCUUACGCAAUACGCAUUCUUCAACUCAGGUUACUGCUCAGUGGGUUACUGUCUAGCGCGUAUUUGGCCACGCAAGAAAAGAUAUACGAAAGAGUGGACCGUGGGGGGAAAGACAAGAGAUAAGCCGCUGAUAAAUUGUAAUUUACUAUUUCCCAGCCGGCGGACCGGCGGUGACACACCUUGUCACAAAAAAUUCGCACCUACAGCAUUUUUUACAAUUUUUCAGGUGCGCACCUGACAGUUUGAAGCGCACCUGCACUUGAAAUUCUUGGUAUAUCGCACCCGAGAUCUCGUCGAAAUGUGCCACGUUCUGCAAACUGGGCUCAGUUGGCAGAGCACGGACUGGUACCAUAUGCCAAAGCCCGCAGAUUUGAUUCCCAUCGUGGUCUUUAGUUGUUGAUUGUUAAUUCUAAUUCUGAUUCAGAGAAUAGAGUUCACUUUUUUAUACCCUCAGAAUUACCUGAAUUUACCUGGAAAUCAACCUGAAAUUGCUCAUGAGCAAUUACUGCCAUUUGCGUUCAAGCUUGCAGCGUGCGAAUUUUUUCACGUUUGUUUACGUUUCAAACGUAACGUUUCAAAGGUUAUCAUGCCCGUUUGGAAGAUGAAAUGAAAUCGUUUGAAAAUAUAAAAUUAUUGAUUGUGGAAGCAAGAAUUUACUUUUAUUUUUGUAUUCUCGUGAUUCUAAAUACUGUACAAUCAAUUACUUACAUUUUGUAGCUGAAUUUCAGGGAUUUACAGCAUAAAAAUGUACAAACGUCAUUGAAAUUUAACAAAACAUGACAUAUUAUGUAAUAACCGUUGCAUGGUUCAAACGGUCACUUUCAUUGGUCAAUAGGCAAUUCCAGCUUUUAGUUUAUGCGUGCAGGGGACGAUGGGAAGUAAGGUAUCACAUUGCUGAUUAUAUGCUAAAAAAUAGAAAUGGUGGCCGUGUAAACAUGGAGUGAGAGCUUAUACUUGUAAAUAUUGAAAUGUUUCGGUAGUUUUUAUUGAACAGCACUAUGAUACCUUACUAUCAGCACUAUUAUACCUUAAUUACUUCCCAUCAUCCCCUGCAGACAUGAACUAAAAGCUGGAAUUGCCUAUUAAAGGACAUAAUUACCUGGAACGUUGCUUUUAAAACGUAAACAAACAUGAAAAAAUUCGCACCCUGCAAGCUUGAACGCAAAUGGCAGUAUUGGUGGUGUUGCGCCCCACACCCUCGGUUGCUACGGCCUUGCGUCGGCAGCUCAGUUUGUUAGAGCGCUGAUUCCAUCCCGCAGGUUCCAUUCCUGCCAGGUGUCUAAAGUUGCAUUUUUCACUUCUAUCCAGGUAAGGUAUAAUGAUUGCUGCGGAGUGAGCGAGCCUGAAGCGAGCGAGCGUAGCAGCAGCCUAAUAUGUGCAGAGAGGGGAUUUUGAACUAAAUUUUAUUUAGCACAUGGAAUUGUGGUUGUGCGCGCUUUCUAUGCGCAGAACACAUUAAAUUUUAAACUCGCUCGAGUCUUCUAAAGUUUUUUUCAAUUCUAAUGUUACGCUUACAUUUGUUUUGGACUUUGGCCACUGUCAAUUCUAUAUUUGUAUAAAGUUUUGGUUUCUUAGUGUGAUAAAUCUGUGUAUAUAGUCUAUAUAAUGUGGUAAAUGUGACUACGUGUAGCAGUAAACAGACUUGAUAUGAAAUCUGAUCUUAAUUUACCUGUAUGUCAAUGAGAUGCACAUGAAAUCUGCUGUGCUGGUGUAAUGUACUCAGGUGAAUAAGAUGUUUUUUGUGAUGUUACUCUGAGUGUAUAUCCACACCAGGCAAGCCUGCCCGGUGUGGAGAUGCACAUGUUUAAUAUCUGUCACCUCUGAUUGCCCUUUAACCCCUGGUUUUUGCUACUUCAAUAUAUAUUGUUUCUUCUCAGUUCCAUUCACAGCUCACUGGUCGCUGCGAGUAAUCACUGUGCUUGAUAUAAUUUGUGCUGUUUACUGUAGUAGUUCUAUUUGCUUUUAAUGCCCGUGGCAAUCCCUACCUUGCAGGUACCCUAGUUAAUGAAUGUAUAUAAAUUUCCACUCAACAAUACCUAUCAAAUAAUCUUGUUCUGGCAAUUCUACGCCGCCGAAGUCCCGUAAUGGUGCGUGUAAGGUUUUGGUAAUAUCAAGUAGGAGAAAUUAGCAAAAUGCCAGUCAUAUAUGGACUAAUUAGUCCACUUCAGCAUUAAGUGGAAAACAAGGAUGUGCCUUCCCUUGACAUGUACUCUUAUGCCAAACAAUUUCCUGUGGAUGAGUAAUACUGUCUGGUAUUAAAAGGAGUAAAGUAACAAAGACGUUGUAAUGGAUUUGGGUAUUGUUUUAUUUUGCAGGCUAUUUUGAGGGACCCAGAACAUGAAGAUAGGGAAACAGCAGCAGCAAUUGAAAUUCAAAGAGUGUAUAGGGGUUACAUGCAUAGGUACGAUCAAUUAAUAGACAUAUACUACUAUUAAUAGACUACGAUAGUGUUAAAGGGCACUAUAAUUAAUAAAGGAAUACCGAAUGUUUUCCGUGCAGGAUUGCGUGAUCCAUGCACGCGGGAUGUUGCGAGACUUUCGGAAAGUCGAGCAACAUCCCAAGUGCAUGGAUCAUGCCAUCCUGCAUGGGAAAACCAUUUGGUAAUUGUUUUAUAAAAUUACUACAGUGAAACGACGCUUAACGUGAUUAAAAUUACUGAUGAAAUGUGCAGUUCUCACAACAUUCGUGAAUUAACCAAUCAGAGAAUCGCUACUCCACGCUAUCACAGAGUAGAGACAUACAGAGACGUAACUAGUGUACCCACUUUUUUUGUGCGCAUGCUCGGCAAGUUACUAGAUGCAUGCAUCUGAUUGGAUGACGACUUGAUGACGACUCAUUUUAAACUUGCUGAGCACGCGCAGUUGAUCAUUUUUCGCCCGGUCGCCUGAAAAAAAGUGCGUAAUCUUCCGCAGUGUUUACAACGGUCAGUUACGUCUCUGUAUGUCUUAUCUACUCUGUGACGCUAUUGAAAACAACAACAAAUGUGAACAGAAUUUGAUCGCAAAUUCGCGAAAAUAUACAACGAAAAUACAGGGACUUUUUCGAUAAGAUAUACGAAAUUUGAAAUGGAAAACCCGCUAAACAGAGAGCCAAAGUAAUAUUGAAGAUUCUCCAGCUGAAUAUGUGAAGAUUGCGAAGCGUUUGAUCAACUUUGAAGCGAGAGAUGUUGUACUUACAUGCCAUGGUCUGAUGAAUUUCAACGCUAUACGCGUUGCUACUUGCUGAAUAGCAAUGUAUCGAUCAGAAAUUUAUUCAUACAACUAAACCAAUGUCUCAAUAAUUGGAAACUUACUUCAAAGUCGAAAGGUAUCGUACAAUGAAACUUUACAAUGCGAGUAUAUUUGUAAAAUUAUGUGCAAGAAUUUCUGUUCAGAAUUUCCCGUGCAGGAUUGUCUGAUCCUGCACGGCUGUUGACCAAUCAAAUUGCGUGUUUCACUGUAGUUAUUAUAUUAUUGUCUUUUCUUACACGCUUUACUACUAUUGAUAGACUACGAUAGUGUUAAAGGGCACUAUAAUUAAUGUCUUUUCUUACAUGCUUUACUACUAUUGAUGGACUACGAUAGUGUUAAAGGGCACUGUAAUUAAUGUCUUUACUUACUUGCUUUAUCGCCAUUUUUAGACUGUGAAAUGCAGUUAGCAUGCGCAUAAGGGUUAAAGACAUAACUGUAUACUAGAAUGUUAGAGUUUGUAAUCCAAAUGAGAAUAUAUACAUUUUAAGACCUACUGUAACCAGGAACGACUGCGAAAAAUGCAGCACAAGGUCCUCUGGCAGGAAUUGAACCUACUGUAUACUACAAGUUAUGUCUUUACCCCUUAAGCGCACACUCACUGCCGGCGAUAAAGCAUGUAAGUAAAGACAUUAUUGUGACCUUUAAGGAAAAGCCCUGACAACGGCAACUGUGGACAGCCGUUUUGCCCUUUUGGGGCUUAAAGGCCUGUUUAAACGGAUCCAACAUUGUUGGACCAACAUCAUCCAACAAUGUUACUAUAAUAGAUAUGACUGCUUCUCUUUCAAAUAUUUUUGGUUAGAUAAGCUUUACUCAAACUCUAAACCUACUCUUGACAAAAAUAUUUGAAAAAGAAUCCGUUUGGGCCAUUAUUUCAACAAUGUUGGAUGAUGUUGGCCCAACAAUGUUGGAUCCGUUUAAACAGGGCUUAACAGCACAGGGUAACCGGUGAUAAGCUUCCACAUCUGAGGAAUCUGAGCUGUCCACAGUUCCUGUUGUUUGAGCUCUCCUUUAAAGGGCGCUAUAAUGUCUUUACUUACAUGUUUUAUCACCGUUUUUAAAGUGUGAAAUGGAGUGAGCGUGCGCAUAAGGGCUAAAGACAUAACCUGUAUAUAAAUUAUCAUUCAGAAAAAUGUGAAGUUGAAUAUCCCUGAUUUCCUCUGUAAAACUGACACUGAAGGGAUAGAACAAAGUGUACAUAUUAGAGAGGUUGCAGUAUUAGUGAGGUCUGAAUAUUAGGGAGGUGUUCAUGUCAGAGAGGUAUCUGUAUUAGAGAGGUGUCGGCAUUAGAGAGGUGUCCAUAUUGGAGAGAUGUACAUAUUAGAGAUGUACAGUACAUAUUCAUUUAAUUUAAUGAAUUCGUCACAAUUUACAUGCGUACACAAGCAAGCAAUACUGACACUGAGACGUUAUACAUUCUUACAAAUAACAUGCAGCUGGAGAAAGGAACAGGACUUGCGUCCCAAUUGACACCAAUUAAUUCAAUGAUCUAGCAAACUAACAAAUGUGUGUGUCAACAGAGCCAGGUGGUCAGUAACAUGCAGUCCUCGAAAUUUUCAUAAAUCCUCGUCGGCAAAAAAUUGCCCGAUAUUUUAGAGUUUGGCGGCAAUUUCGACAGCAUUUUUUUUUCUUUAACUUUUAGGAUCAAAUAGCUUUUUUUUUUCUUCUUAAUGCUUAAAAAAUAGAAGAAGUGUCCAUAUUAGUUAAAUGUCCAUAUUAGAGAGGCUUUCAUAUUAGAGAAAUGUCCAUAUUAGAUAGGCUUUCAUAUUAGAGAGGCUUUCAUAUUAGAGAAAUGUCCAUAUUAGAUAGGCUUUCAUAUUAGAGAGGCUUUCAUAUUAGAGAGGCUUUCAUAUUAGAGAGGUGUCCACUGUCCAUAUCAGAGAAAUGUCCAUAUUAGAGAGGCGUCCAUAUUAGAGAAAUGUCCAUAUCAGAGAAAUGUCCAUAUUGGAGAGGCGUCCAUAUUAGAGAAAUGCCCAUAUAGAGAAAUGUCCAUAUUAGAGAGGCGUCUGUAUUAGAAAAAUGUCCAUAUUAGAGAGGUGUCCGUAUUAGAGAAAUGUCCAUAUUAGACAGGUGGACGUAUUAGAAAGGUGUUCAUAUCAGAAAAAUGUCCAUAUUAGAGAGGCGUCUGUAUUAGAUAAAUGUCCAUAUAAGAGAGGUGUCCAUAUUAGAGAGGCGUCUGUAUUAGAUAAAUGUCCAUAUAAGAGAGGUGUCCAUAUUAGAGAGGUGUCCAUAUUAGACAGGUGGACGUAUUAGAAAGGUGUCCAUAUCAGAGAAAUGUCCAUAUAGAGAAGUGGACAUAUUAGAGAAGUGUCUGUAUUAGGGAAUGUCUAUAUUAGAGAGAUGUCCGCAUUAGAGAGAUGUACAUAUCAGAGAGGUCUAUGUCCAUAUUAGAUAGUUGUACAGAUUAGAGAAAUGUCCAUAUUAGAGAAGUGUCCAUAUUAGAGAUAUAUGUCCAUAUUAGAGAGGUAUCUCUUCAACCUCCUGUACAAACCAAUUCUGACUCUUGUCUUUUAAGCCCAUUUUCUACGAGGCGAAUUUGUUCGCGCGAAGCGAGAAACAAAUCUUGGCAAUGUGAUUGGUCGGCGAAUAAAAAAUCGCUGCGAAAAAGUUGGAUCAGUUCCUACUUUUAGUAGCGCGAACAUAUUCGCCAAGUGGAAAAUGGGCUUUAAGGAGCAUCCAGGAUGCUAAUUGUAUCUUUCACCCCUUGUGUUUUAGAUGCCAUCUAUAUGAUGCUCUACAUGGUGGCAUUUCACUUGAAACCCAAGGACCUCAGAGCUCGUACAAGUGGUCAGAUUUGUCAGUCAACAGUUCUCAAGAUUCGCAACAUUCUGGAAUCCCUGCCAUUAUUUGUAGGUCAGGCUCAUCGCCACUCAUUCCGGGACAG